GAGCUUUACAGACUCAAUUCCAAGUAACAGUGAUAUAACGUUUGUCUGGAUUUGCAUAAUUUUCACAAAGAAGGCUCAACGCAGAGAAUAAGGAACUUUUUCCAUACGAUCCAAUAUAUUGGAAACAAGUGAGCGCAAAGCACCGGAAAUCGAAAUGUUUCAGGUACUGGUUCCUUUUGGAAUUCAAAUAGUCCUAUCAAUCGAAAUAACACUUGGUUUGACGAUAAUCAAGUACAUAAAAUUAAAUGUAUCACCUAUUAACAGAAUAAAUGAUAAACCAUACAUGACUUUAGUCCUAAUACUUGUUGAGACGGUUCUGGCAAUGUUAAAUGAUGGGAUAUUAGUGUUGCUUUUGGUUUCAACAACAGUGCGAAAAAAUUAUCCCGUAAAUAUUGUCCUUUUGAUGUUAUAUACGGUACUUACUUCAAUGAUGGUUGCUCUUCCAUUCACAAGUUUGGAAAUUAAAUGGCAACUUAUAGCAUGGGCAGUUACUUCGUUAUCGUUUGUAGUAUUUACAUUAUUAGGAGCAUCUAUUCGAAUACGUUUAUUAUAUACAAAUUUAUGGUUUAUUAUAAUCUACACCUCAGCGUUUAUUGUUAUCAUAGUUGCUGUAUUUGUCUCAAGAUAUUUACAAAUAAAGUUAAUGCUGAGUGUAGGACAGGCAACAUUUGGUAGACAAGACGUUCGAAUUGCCGCUGAUGAUUACUGUUUAGCUGCAUUGAUUUUGUACACCGUAUUGAUGAUGGAUUGGUUAAUAGCCAUUCAAAAUUUUCAAUAUUUCACAAACAACACACUGAAUGAAACACAAACCAAUAAUUACAGACAAGUUUCAUUCGAAGUGUUGAGAUCUAAUAGAAUGCUAUCGUUAUAUCAAAAACAUCAUUCAGAUUUUACUAUACGACUUAAUGGUUACAUAUAUAUAUAUAUAUAACAAUCUUCAUGUCCUCAUUAGUAACAUGGUUCGAUAGGAAACUUUCACAUUCUGUUGAGAAGUCAUGACCAGUGGAGAUAAACCAUAUCGUGUGUAGAGCAGUUCCCCACUGAAGACCAUGAGAGAUAGUCACAUGAUAUCGUGAACGGAUUAAAAUUGGACGUCAGUACUAUUGGAUAAUGGCUCAAUGAUCUGAGUUUAAGCGUCCACAAGGAAGACAGAAAAUCAUAGGAUCAUUCCUGCAUGUGAGGUCGUGAAUGCAUGUUUUGUGGAGAUCAUAGAACUGAAGUGAAUGUAAUCUUUUGGACAUGCAACAAGAAAAUUCGAUUCUAGAACUACCACAAAUUUUGAAUCGCGAGCUGACCUUUAUAAGACUUUAUAAGAGUCUUAUACUAGGACGAAACGACCGUCAAGUGCUUCCAGUUUUUCAAUAGUGGUCCAAAUUAGAUUAACUCAUGACUUCAAUGCAAUUCGACAAUCUCAAAAACUUCUUACUGAC